AUGUCUGAAGCCAGUCAAGGCCUGCACUCGAACGGCCACAUCUCACGGUCGCCUACGCCUGAAGGAUCGGGUGGCGACUCCACCAUCUCUGCUGGCAAGUCGUCAGCGCGUACCACAUCGACCGCGCCUUUGACCCGAUCUGGCAAGGCCGGCGGUAUUUAUUCGACCUACGAUGGCACUUCACGCUCGAGGACUUCCUAUGGCAGUUCCUCGAAGCCAGAGGGCUCGCUCGAUCAGGCCUACAGAGCUGGCAUGCCUAUCGGUCUCCUUGCCGCGAUGGGCACACCGUACGCAAAGAAGCCGCUCUACCGAAGCACAAAGUGCAAAGUGCUGUGCUUGGCGAUUUUGCCCAUCACCGUCGUCGUCGUUGUCUUGAUCACCGUCUUUCCCGUGCUCAAAGCCAUCGCAAAACAUGCGCUGCACACCUCUGUGCUUCACGUCUACGCUUCCAACCUCACGCAGCUCACGAACGAAUCGUUUGCGCUCACGCUCGACGGCGAGGCGAAGAAGACGGGCAUCUUCCCUGCUCACAUCAACUUUGGACAACCUGUCUCGGUUUUCUGGGUCAAUCCAGACAACAUGCAAGAGGUGCAGCUGGGUAGCUUCCCACUUGCUUACCUUGGUGCUGCGGCCGGUCACGGUCGCAUUCAUCAGGAGACCUUCUUCACCAUCACCGACACGGCCGCCUUUGGUCGAUUCUCUGCAUUCUUGAUCACUCAAGAAUCCUUCACCUGGCGCUUGCGGUCGUCCAACGUCCAAGCCAAAGCAUUUUCAUUCUUGGCCACGUCGUCACUCGACUUUGUCAAGGAUCUUACUCUGCCGGCUAUGGCCAAUUUCACCAAUGUAGCCAUCGCGGACUUCCAGCUGCCAGGCGACGAUCCUGCUGGUGGUAUCACACUCGAUGUCGUCACGACGCUUACCAAUCCUUCGGCAUUCGGUGUCGAAAUUGGCACGCUGGUCGUUGAUCUCUACUACGACGGUCUCUACCUCGGUCCUGCACAGACCUCGACAAGCGUCAACUUGACCUCUGGCUUCAAUAGCUUCCCACUCACUGGUCGACUGCUUUCGUAUGCUGGCAACCAGACUGCGCUCGCGCAGCUUGGUGUGCUCUUCACGAAUUACGUCAAUGGUGAUUCGACUCUGGUUACCGCCGUCGGUCGCAGCGCCACGCUACCCAACGGCGAACAGAUCAGCUGGCUCAGCGAGGGCAUCAGAGCUCUGCAGCUCAUCGUUCCUCUGAAAUCGCCCACUGGACCCCUCAAUCCCAUCAAGGAUAUUCAGAUUCAGACGUUCAGCCUUACGUUCCCAGGAACGCCGGACUCGUAUCAGCCUACAGCUGCAUCGAACAAUCUCAUGGCAGGCAUCGGACUGCCAUUCGGCUUCAGCUUGAACAUCUCAGCGGUCGCUGCAGCCAUUACCAUCGUUCAAAAUGACACGAGCAUCGCACAAGUGCAAGGCGUCACGGGCGCCGCAACGACCAUUCUCACCUCUGUGAAUGCUGGCUUCACCACUGGCAACCUCGCAUUGACCCUACCGCCCUCGCCUCUCGUAGUGCCGGAUACGUACGAAGGUCAUCUAAUUUACAGUCAGUUCCAGAAAGACUUUACCGCGACGAACGGCAGUGCCUUCUAUCUCAAUGGUACGACCACCGCGACCACGUCUACACCGAUCGGCGAGAUCAUCCUCAAUCCCGUAAAUUUCUACGUACCAGCUGGCUUGAUCGGUCUGCAGCUACUGCAGACUGCACCUACACUGAUUCUUUCAGUCGAUGUCACGGGCGGUACGCCAGAUUACAUCGAGCUCAACAUUCUCGUGGGCUUGACGAACCCAUCCAAUCUACUGUUGGACGUCGGCGACGUUACAUUCCAGCUGUUCAGAAACGGUGAAUUCCUGGGUAGAACAAUCUUACCAGCUCUGUCGCUUUCGAUCGGCUAUCAGACGCAUACCUCAGUCGGUCAGUUUGAGGCAAACAACAAUCCGACAGCGCUCGAUACCCUCAACCGCUUCACCCAGGGUCUCGACUCGCAGCUCAGCAUUGGCGGAUACAAUGGAUCGAGUCCAUAUGAUUCAUUACAGCAAGCCUUUAUGGCACUGCAGCUCAAUGCGACGCUCGGAGGCCUGCAGACGCAGCUGCUGAACUACGCCGCGCUGACAGUGCUGCCUACGACCAACUUUGCAGACAAUAUUGCGGACACGACCGUCUCGCUGCAGAAUCCUUUCACCUCAGUGCUUGACAUUACGAAUAUCCAGAGCAACAUCACCUCGCGAGGCCUAUAUCUCGGCUCGAUCGUUACAGACACCAACUUCGUUGCUGCUGGCAAGGCCGCGACUGUCUCGCCCUCGUUGCCCUUCGGUCUCAAUCUAUAUCCACCCGACAUCUUCUCGCUUCUUCGCGAGCUUGUCCUUGAGGCCGGGCUCAAUCCAGAUUAUCUCGAUGGCAUCGUACAGCUUGGCGGAUAUCAAUAUGUGCCUACUACUGGCGCUGGCACGCGCAAGGUUAAGCGGUCCCUGGACGACGAAGAUGACGAAUCGCUCUGGUCCACAUUCGGUGCAGACGGCCUCAACGACUUGCUUUCAGCGCCCGGAAAGAGCGCUGCGGUACCGGGCGGCCUCACUAAGGAGGAAUUGUCCAGUCCCGACUACGCAGACCAUCAAGUCCGAUUCCAGAAACGGGACAACCUGUACACCGGCUUUGACUUGCCUACCUAUGUUGACACCGCGUUCAAGCAGCUCACUGUCAACGUAGCGCUCGUCUCUGUCGUCUCGAUCGGCCAAUUCACAACGGAUCUCACGUACUCUCAGAACGAUGUGCCUGUCAUCACGGAUCAAACCCUCAAUCUGCUCUUACCAGUCCUGGCCCAGCCGAUCGUGCAGAAGAUCGUCGAUGGCUCGGUGCUCGCAGUCGACACGGUCACCAUCACCGAUCCUUUGCUCAAUUCCUUUGGCACGGGUCUUACAGGCUCCAUUACUCAAUCUGGACCUUUCGACGCUGUCAUCUCAUUCCCGCAAGGUCUUACUGUCGCAUGGAAUGGCGCACCGCUCGGUCAAAUCGCGAUGCCUGACGUUUCCCUAGUCGGCGAUGUCGGCGCAACACUCAACCUUCAGGCUGCAUUCAGUGUCGCAGACGUUGGACACCUGACCGACUUCACAAGCUAUCUGUUGACCGAGAAAUCGUUUACUUGGGAAAUCUAUGGUCAAGAUCUUGCCGUCGCCGCACUUGGCAUCACUGUGCCUGGUAUCAGCAUCAGCAAGACCGUCGUCCUUGCGGGCAUGGACAGCUUCAUCGGCGAUGUCAUCAUCAAUUCGUUCGAUUUGCCUGCAAACGAUCCGGCUGGUGGCAUCACGCUUACGUUGCAAACGACGCUCACAAACCCUGCCAGCGUAGGUGUGCAGCUGUCAACAAUCGUCUUUGAGAAUACCUUCGGACAGACCGACAUUGGACCAGCAGCUAGCACGGCUGCAUUCAUCUUGCCGCCGAAGGGCUCGCUGCAAUUGCCCUUGGCAGGCCGUCUGAUACCGCAAACAACCCAGCAGGGUCUUGACGAUGUGUCGACCAUUUUCAACGGCUUUGUGCAUGGCGUGCCAGCGCAGCUCCUUGUUCAUGGCGUCACGGCUGGUCCCGACGGGGUCACUUGGCUCAACGACGGCAUCAAAGCGCUUGAAAUCCCUGUCACGCUCCCUGCAGCAGCAAGCCUGCAGAUCAUCAACUCGAUUACGCUGAACCAGCUCACACUCUUGUUCACUGAGGCGACUGCAUGGUCACCCUCAUUCUCGACCUCCAACACUGUCGCCGCAUUCCAGCUGCCGUUUGCCUUCCCCCUUGAUAUCACCGCAGCAUCCACCAACAUCAUUUCACAAGAUGCGGGCACCGACUUUGCGCUCAUCACAGUUCCUCAAAUACCUACAACGACGGACGUGACAGCGCGCUUGCUUACCCUGGCAUUCCAGAACGUGCCCUUCGCAGUGGAUCCUAAUUACAGCGGUCAGCACGCGACAUUCUCGCAGUUCCUGACGGAUACAACAGACAAUGUCAACAAGUCAUUCGUUCUCCAUGGAUCAGCAAGCACGGUCGCCAGCACUGCCGUCGGGAAUCUUAACAUCAACGAGAUCGCAUUCCAAGUCACAACGGAAAUUGCAGGCCUACAGGGACUUAAUGCUCAGCAGACGACAGUCUCUGAUCUCGAUGUCUUCCAUGGCUAUCCUGACUACCUUCAGAUCAACGUCAACGCACACAUUUUCAACCCAUCGGAGAUCACGAUCGGAACUGGCGAUGUUGCCUUUGGCCUGACGUUCGAGAAUACUGCGAUCGGUACGGCAAACAUUGCCAACCUUGUCCUAGUGCCAGAUCAGAACGUCGUCGCUACCGCGGUUCACUAUCAGCCGGAAGGCGAUGCCGCUGUCGCCGUCGGUCAACAGUUGCUUGAGAAUUAUGUGCAAGCUGUACCGUCCGAUACUAUCAUUGUUGGCAGUGCCUCAACGACGCCAAUUGAGUCUCUACAGCAAGCUCUCGGUACCAUCCGGCUCAACACGGUCAUUCCACCCUUGAUGCAGAACUUGAUCACGCAGGCGAACCUCGUAUUCCCGUUGGACAUUGUGCAGACCGGCAUUGCGCAGGCAACCUUCAACCUUGACAACCCUUUCACUGCUGCCAUCAAUCUGAAUGCCGUCACUGCCGUGGCGAUCUAUCCCCUAACUUCGCCGAAUCUCAACCUGGGCAAUAUUACACAAACUAAUCUGAAUCCUGAGAUCACUGCGACUGGCCACACCCAGAUCACCAGUCGCACGCUACCUUUCAACUUCAAUCUGGACCCGAAGACGAUCAUUAUGCUUCUCAUCGCUCAAGCCGCCAAGAACAAUGUUGAUCUUGGUCCACUGGUUGAUCAAUUCAACUAUGUACUUGGCCUCGCUAGCACGGCUAGUCAAGUCACGACCGAAGUCGAUCAGGCGGCUUCGACCUGUGUAAGCGGCGCUCAAUUCGACGUCUUUGGCGCCAUCUUGGCGUCCCUGAAGAAUCUCGAUGUCAACCUACAGAUCCAGUCCACUGUCCAUCUUGAUGAUUACGGCACCGACCUGAACUUCAACCAGUUCAACAUCCCAACAAUCACUGACAGUACUGCUCUGUACUUGAUCGGAGCUGUUGGCAAGACGAUCGUGCAGCAUCUCGUAGACCAAUCCACCCUCACAGUCGCGUACGCAGAUGUCUACGAUGUCACAAACGAUGGCUUCACAACAACGCUGCACGGAACCCUGGCUGGCACCGGUCCUUUCGACGCAUCCGUCAGCUUCCCGGAUGGCCUGUUGAUCGAUUACAAUGGCAACACGAUCGCAAGCAUUGCCUUGCCCGAUCUCUGCGCUGCAGCUGUCACGUCCAUCCCCAACCUAGUCACAGUCGGCACGCUUACUAUCUUGAACCAAGACACCUUCACAGGCUUUGCGACAGACAUCCUGCACAAUCCUUCAUUCGAGUGGUAUCUGCAUACAACGACGCUUCGCGUCACGGCGCUCGGAACCAUCUUUAGCAAUGUCAACUUUGGCAAAACUAUCACACUCGCUGCCUUCAAUAACCUUCCGGGUGUUGCCAUCACUUUCUCGAACUUCCCUGGUGAUGCGCCGAAUGGAGAAGGCAUCAAUAUCGACACCCAGACGACAAUCCCUUCGCCUGCGCAAUUGGGCAUCGAUCUUGGAACAGCCAAUUUCAUUGCUUCAUACAACGGAGUCGUCGUUGGACCCAUUCACAAUACUGGCGAUCUCGUUCUGGCUCACCAAGCCACGACGCCAGCCGAACUUGUCGGGUAUAUCCAGGUGCAGCGUACGCAAGCCGACCUCACGACCAUUGGGCAACUGUUCGGUGCAUAUCUCAAAGGGCAAGAUUCAACCUUGACCGUUACAGGCGACUCUGUCGUUUCGACUGCUCAGCCCAACUCCCCAGUCGGCUGGCUUACGACUGCUUUCAAGACGCUCACGCUGUCGGUCGUUUUGCCCGGCCAGAUCUUCACUAUCAUUAAGAGCAUCCAACUUUUGGAUCUCGAGGUCAGCAUUAUGAACCAAGCGGAAGCGUAUGCCGUCGACACUUCGAAUAUGCAGACCGAUGCAGUCUAUGCCAACCCUUUCACGUUCAGCUUGCAAGCUUUGUCCACCGCAGUACAGAUUGCCAUCGCAUACCAAGGAGCGGCAACAGCUACGCUCGACCUGCCAAGCCGCGAUGUCACGGCCGGCACCUCGACAGGACAAAAUGAGCCGCUCGUGCUCAGCUUCAUGAACGAAACGCUCAACGCCGUCACGCAAGGAGCCUUCAACAACUUUUUCCGUGAUGUGACUGAUACAACCGGCGUCACCUUCGAUCUCAGUGGCUUUGCAGAUGUAGUAGCCAAGACCGCCAUCGGCAAUGUGCCGAUCCCGCAGAUUCCAUUCGGUUCGUCAACACAAUUCCCGACCGUAGCAGCAGUCACGUCUUCCCUCGUCGGCAUCAACUCGUUUGGUGGAACCGCUACUAUACCCAACACGCCCAUUACCAUCGGCACAGGCAAUACGGACUUCAGCACUGAUCCAGGAACGGGCUACAUCCGUAUCACCAUUGAUCCCGUCACUCUUAGUAACCCCUCCAAUAUUUCUGUCUUUACCAAUCAAGUCGCUCUUCCGGUGCUCUACACUGGCGUUGCGACGGGUCGCGCGAUCAUCAAUCCACUUGAUCUUUUCCCAGGCACCAAUAAUCUUGUCUCAGAGUUCCACUUUACGGCCACUGACGCAGCUGCGCUUGUUCUGAUCACAAAAUAUCUCACCAAUAUCCCUGGACCAACCGGCGAGAGAAUCCCGAUCACGAUCCAGGGUAACACGGCUGCAUCGCCCUAUGGCUCACUUCAAGAAGCUUUAGCCGGUGUCACUCUUACAUCAGAGUUCCCUGGCAUUGGCGCCCGGCUCGUCGAUGAGAUUACGGUCUUUGUCAAUUUGGUCACUGUCGUUUGCAAGAGUAUGGCGACUUUCAGCUUCUCAGUCAACAAUCCGCUUCAGGCGCCGCUUUCUAUUCAAGCCAUUCAAGGCACGGCACUACAGCCAGGACCCUAUCAGGAUGGAGUUCAGAACGGAGGCGAGGUCCCAUAUGCUUUGUUUGACUAUUCGUUCGAAAAUAACGGAGGCGCGUUCAUCGUCGCAGCCGGCACAGCAGAUGGUAGCACGGUGACUGGCCCCUCUCCCGUUGUGCCUGCUUCGCUUCCUCAGUCAUUGCUCGUCAACGCUCAGCUACUCAAUAACGCCAAUAAUAUCCCAGGAUCAACGAUGCCCGGCCUCGAUGUGACGCUAUCAAUCCGCACUCAAGUUCUGGACGGAUCUGCGCCAGCUGCAGCUGGCUUUCAGCUCGUCGAUCUCAUAUACGCUGAAGUAAUCAUUCCCUACAAUGUCGUUUUCGUAGCCGACGAUGGCACUGCCGAAAAUGGCAGCGGCACGAACACCCCCACGGGCUCGCCCAUCGUCGCACCUGACUUGGGCGAGACAGACUUAUUCAAUUUCGUGUUAGGAGCUCUGGCUCCUGGCCUUGUCGGCUGUCUGGCAAGCGGUCUUGGCUUCUUCGUGCCUAUUGAUAGCGCCGGGCUCUUCGGCGGCCUCACUGAUACCUUGCUUGGCUAUUUGAAUACACUCGGCGUCCCGUCCGAAUUCGAUCAAUUCGUCACAGGCGUAGCUGAUGCAACCGUCACUCCGAUCAACAUUGCCGGCGGUCCGGAUUAUACAAGUUAUCCGUUCCCUUCAAUCAUCAGCUCGCUCUACUCGCAAUGCUCGAAAGCAGGCUCUGCGCCUUGUGCCGCUUCCCUAGCUUCGGCCAACGGUGGCGCUAAUGCUGCUGAGGCCGCAUCAGCUCAAGCGAUUCGCGCGUCGGGCCUGGCAGUGGCCAGCGCAAUCUCUGCAGCUACUGCUGCGGUGGCUUCCAGUCUGGCAGCGGCGGCUUCAGCAGCGACUGCAGCCGCUUCUACGGCCGUAGCGGACGCCACUUCUGUGGUAGGUCAAGUGACCGCCGCGGUCCUGCCUUCCUCGUCGAGCGCAACAUCGGCAGCGACAAGUACUUCGACAACGACAACGGCAGCACUCCUACCGACGACUGCGCCGGCUCUUGGCAGGCGUGCGAUCUCCGAACAUCUGUUCGUGCAAGGGCAGGAUGGCCGGACGGGUGUCGAGGUCACCGUGGAGGAAGCGCUCGAGAUUGCGAGAAGACGGGCGGAGCAACUGGGCGACAAUAUUCCGGUUGAUUAUGCAAGAAGGGCGCUAGCAUAUGGACUUUGA